UUAAGUAAUCUGUGAGAAUAUGGCUGACAGAAGCAGAUCAUAGAACAUGAGCUGUCAGCUGUAAUAUCUAAAUUGUUUCUUUGUGUUUAUUACGCCUCUAAAAAUGUUAUGAUCGUUACAUUCUUGCGAAUAUGGGUGCAAAAGACUCAAAACCUAGUUUUAUAACGUAUGAAGAUGCAGUUAAACGAGUAUCCGAUAGUGAAUUGAGACGCAUCAGAGAAGCAUUCAAGAGAUGUGCCGGAGCGAACGGGACGGCACUGAGCCUGGAGGCUUUUGUUCACGAGGUUCUGUGCGACGGAGUUCCGUACGAUGUUGCGGAAUGGUUGUACCAGGCCUGCGGAGGCACCAAAAGGGGAAUCGCAUUCAAGGAACUCCUCUGCGGCAUAGUAGUCCUCACUAAGGGCAACUUGGAGGAGAAAAUAAAGUUUCUGUGGACCCUGUAUGUAAACAAUCAAGGAGAUAAUGGCUCAUACAUAUAUAAAAAGGAUUUUGCUCGAGCCCUGCACCUGGAGAAUACGUCUCUCCCUGCCACUGCAGCGCAGCGCUCAGCUGAAAUACUCCUUGGCCUCUUUGGCGCAGGAGACAAAGUUACAUUUGACCAGUUUAGGUCUUGGCUACUCAUACACAAAGAUGCUACAGUGCUGUCAAAAUGGCUACUGUCUGAAGUAAAUGAUGUUUAUGAUCUGGAAACCCCCACUUUUUAUCAGACCUUGGCUGGUGUUACUCAUUUGGAAGAGAGGGAUAUAAUAGAGCUAGAAAAGUGCUUCUGGUCGCUCCGGAACGGCGCCCCGACGGGGCAGCUGGACGCGGAGAGCCUCGGGCCGCUGCUGUCCCCCCCGCUACCCGCCGCCGCCGUCGCGGGGACCUUCCUCGCCUUCGACGAGAACCGCGACGGACACGUCGACUUCAAGGAGCUGUGCUGCGGACUGAGCGCUGCCUGCCGCGGACCCACCACCGAGAGAUUGAAAUUUUGCUUCAAGAUCUUCGAUCUGGACAGCGAUGGACUCUUGAAUAAAAAAGAACUCAUCGAUAUGGUGAGUGUCCUGUGCGAGGUGGCCAACGAGAACCUCAAGAACCAGGGGUCCAGAUCCUCCACGCCCGAUGGGAGCGAGAUGGGGAUCCAGAACUUCGACCCGGACGUGAUCCUCGCCAACUUGAGGGACAAGCUGGUCGUCGCACCCAAGAACGGACGGAAACCGAACUUCCACCUCGGACCCCACGGAGAUACUGAAGAUAUCAUUAAUGUGCCGGAGAGCAAGGCCGAUGGAGACGUGCUGCUUCCGGAGACGGUGCUGACGCUGGAGGACUUCCUCAUCUGGUCGGUGGAGAGCGCCCACGGAGUCGUGACGCCCUUCCUCGACCUCGUCUACCAGGUGUGCCACAUCGUGCUGGGGCUGCGGCCGCACUGCCGACACAGCGAGAGGGACAUCGUGCUGGGCUGGCUGCGUCGCUCGGUGGCGCGGGGGUACAGCGUGGGACAGUUCUGGUACCUGGUGGCGGCCGAGUGGUGGGGCGCGUGGCUGGCCUACACGGGGGACGCGGCGGACGCGUGCUGCCGGCCCGCGACGCUGGCCGACGACAGCUUCAUGACCAACUCCACGGAGUCCAUGGGCUCGCUGCUGUGGCGCUGCGAGACGGCCUCCGUGGACAGCGCGGGCUCCAGCAGCGGCGUCAGCAGCGCCGCGUCGCCGCGCCGGCACCCCGGCUCCGUGCGGAACAAGCGCCUGCUGGCGGACAACACGCUCAAGGUCCGUACGCUAACAGGCGAGGGCGGCCACCUGCGGCGCGACGUGACGCUGGCGCAGCACCGCGACUUUGAGCUGGUGCCGGACGCGCUGUGGAGGGCCCUGGCGCUCUGGUACGGAGGACCCGACCCUCUGCCCAGACAGGUGAUAAGGCCUCCGAACUCUGACGUGGAGCUGGAGCUGUACCCGCUGCAGCUCAAGAUCAUGCGGCACGUGCCUGCCGCGCUCGGCACGCACGGCUCGGCGGGCUGCGUGCCGGACCGCCAGCUCGCCUACACCGCCGCCUUCUCGCGCCUCGCCACCAUCCGCCAGGUUUGCGAGUUUAUAUGCGGCGCCUUGGGUCUGGCACGAGAAGACAUGCGCCUGUGGCUGCUGGGGGGGCAAGGGGGGGGCGUUGCCGGCGCGCAGGCGGGGGGCCACGCGGGGGGCGUGCUGCUGGACGACGAGCAGCGCACGCUGCACGAGCUGCACCUCGACGAGCGCUCCCGGCUGCUGCUCGAGCUCCGGAACAAGGACCUCACGUGGCCGGAGGAGAUCGGAGCCAUCAGCUCCAACCGCGCGACGGAGAGACGCGAGACCCUCAUCGCCCCCAACCUGCCGGGAGCCACCGGCCUGCACAACCUGGGGAACACCUGCUUCAUGAACGCGGCGCUGCAGUCGGUGUGGAACACGGGCCCGCUGACGCGCUACUUCAACUCCGGCAUGCACCUGUACGAGGUGAACCCCGGCAACCCGCUGGGCACCGGCGGCGCGCUGGCCGUGCGCUACGGGGAGCUGUGCAAGGAGGUGUGGUCGUGCAGCGCGCGCUCGGUGGCGCCGCUGGGCGUGCGCUGGUGCGUGUCCCGGCACGCGCGCGCGCUGGCGGGCGGCGGCCAGCACGACGCGCAGGAGCUGCUGGCGUGGCUGCUGGACGCGCUGCACGAGGACCUCAACCGCGCGCGCCCCCCCGCGCCCGCGCCCGCCCCCGCGGACUCCGCCGGCCGCCCCGACCAGGUGGUGGCGGCCGAGGCGUGGGAGGCGCACACGGCGCGGAACCAGUCCAUCAUCACGGAGCUGUUCUACGGGCAGCUGAAGUCCAAGGUGCGCUGCGACACGUGCGGCCACGAGAGCGUCCGCUUCGACGCCUUCAACAUGCUGAGCCUGCCGCUGCCCAUGGAGUCCUACCUGCGCUGCGAGAUCAAAGUGAUACUACUAGACGGAUCGGUCCCCGUGAAGUACGGCGUCAGAGUCAACUCGGAAGGGACGUACCUGGACCUCAAGAGGAAGCUGUCGGAGCUGUGCGGCCUCCCGCCGGACCUGCUGCUGCUGGCGGAGCUGUCCGGCGCCACCAUCGGCCGCGAGCUGCGCGACGCCGACAAGCUGACGGCCGCCGGCGCCGCCGACCUGCACGCCUACGAGCUGCCGCCCCCCCGCGAGCCCCCCGCCGCCCGCGACCUGCUGCAGCCCGACGGCUGGUGCGAGGAGGCGAGCCAGUGGGCGGAGGUGAGUGUGGGCCGCGCCGCCAAUCCUUCCUCACUCUGCAUGCCUGCACUGUUCUGCUUCAAGAGGUCGCGGUCGGAGAUGCUCAUGUCGCAGAGUCCGCCGACGACGUUCUACGAGAAGCAACACCACCAGGACCGACUCCGCAGCCAGACCCUGCCCAAAGACAUGACCAGAGGAAACAGCUCACCCGCGCUCAGCGUCAAGUCGCUCAACGUGAAGCCGGCUAGCCCCAGACUGGCCAAGGUCAAGUUUGGCUCGUCUCCCUCCAACAUGUACAAGAUGAGCGAGACGGCAGGCCCGUCGCUCGUCCCCAAACAGACGAACUACCUGGUGGCCGUGCACAGGAAGCAGUGCCGCGCCGACGCGUACUUCCUGUCGUCGCAGCGCAGCCGCCCCGCGCUGUUCGGCGUGCCGCUGCUGGUGCCGGUGGAGCCGGGCCAGUCGGGCCGCCAGCUGUACGCCGCCGUGUGGAGGCAGGUGGCGCGCCUGCUGUCCGCGCGGCCGCCCAGCGCCGACCUCAACCACGCCACCGACUGCGACGACAGCCUGGGGUACGAGUUCCCGUUCACGCUGCGGGCCGUGCGCGCGGACGGCGCGUGGUGCGGGCGCUGCGCGUGGCCGGCGCUGUGCCGCGGCUGCGCGCUGCCGCUCGACGACCGCCCGCUCGUCGCGCACGCUGACGGUACUAUACCCGUGUUGAAGAAGCGGUCCGGCGAGGAGCCCCCGGACGAGGAGCCGGGUCCGGCGGGUCGACCGCGCCAGCCGCCGGGCGCGCGCUCCGCCAGCCGACCCGACGGCGGGUGCUGGCUGCGCGCGGGGUCGGGGCGCGUGCUGCUGGCGGUGGACUGGGAGCCCACGGCGCUGCAUCUGCGCUACAGCAGCGCGCUGGAGCGGGCCUGCGCGGAGCACGGCUCGGUGCGGGCGGGCGGCGCGCGGCCGGCGGGGCUGGCCUCCUGCCUGCGCGCCUUCACCCGCGCCGAGCGCCUGGAGCAGCACUACCGCUGCGCGCGCUGCCGCUCCCACCAGCCCGCCACCAAGACGCUGCAGAUAUGGCGCCUGCCGCCCAUCCUGAUCAUCCACUUGAAGCGGUUCCAGUACGUCAACGACAAGUGGAUAAAGUCGCAGAAGGUGGUUAACUUCCCGUACCGCGACUUCGACCCCACGGAGUUCCUGGCCGCCGUGCCGCAGGAGACCAUCCUCCGCCACGCCGAGAUCAACUACGUCUUCACGAGCAGGCCCUCCCAGCUCCUCCACGACGCCGCGUCCGGCAGCGACGGGGAGGACGACAGCGACUCCGACGCUGACGGACCCGAGCAGACCGGCUGCGCGCGGCGGAGGAGCAGGUCGCCGGACAGCGCGGCGCGGCGCCGGCUGCAGUCCACCAGCCUGGCCAGCACGCCCGUCACCGCGGACAACCUGCAGGACUUCCACCGCCAUCUGCUGCAGGACGACCAGGAUCCGCUCGACCUCAAGUACAGCCUCUACGCGGUGGUGUCGCACUCGGGCCAGAUGAGCGGCGGGCACUACGUGGCGUACGCGCGCAACCCGUCGGGCACGUGGCUGUGCUACAACGACUCCAUGUGCCGCGCCCUGCCGCCGUCUGCCGAGCCGCCCAUCGACCCCGCCACCGCCUACCUGCUGUUCUACGAGCGGCAGGGGCUGGACUACGACCGCUACCUGCCCGACGUAGGCGACCGCCGCCCCGCCGCCGGCCUGCUCGACCCGGACGACUCCGACCUCCGGAAGAUGUGCGUGCUCGGCUAGCUGACCCCGCGUCUUGGACAGAAGGAGCGGACGCUGUCGGUGAAGACUUCGAACCUCUCAGCGGGUACUUUUAAGAUGUGUCUUCGUCGUCAGCACCUUCGCGUGUUCAGUAGUGCGCAGCGCCGCGCGUGCCGCGGGUGCAACGGUUGACCAAUACAUAUGUGAUAUGACUUAACUACGGUCCCCGCUAGCCGGAGGGGCCGCCGGAGCCCCGCGCGGCGGUCGGGUGCCUCAAGCCUGAUCAACGUGUGGUUAGCACUUGUUCAGCUGGUUUAUUAUAAUAACAGCAAUUUAAGGCUGUCUGCAUAAAUAACACAUGUCUUUAAAUUAUCGUAGUGUGUGUGUGUUGGCGGCGGUUAUACAGCGCUGUACACUUGGGUACAACAUUGACAACUUGCGUGCAACACUGCACACUUGGGUACAACACUGCACACUUGGGUACAACACUGUACACUUGGGUGCAGCGCUGUACACUUGGGUACAACACUGUACACUUGCGUGCAACACUGCACACUUGCGUGCAACACUGCACACUUGGGUACAACACUGCACACUUGGGUACAACACUGUACACUUGGGUGCAGCGCUGUACACUUGGGUACAACACUGUACACUUGCGUGCAACACUGCACACUUGCGUGCAACACUGCACACUUGGAUACAACACCAUACACUUGCGUGCAGCGCUGUACACUUAGCACAAAUAUAUUCCUAAAGAUUAAUUUUCUAAAUUCCAUGUUGAUUUAUUAAGACAUUUAUUUGACAAAACACGUAUGUAUUGUUAUGUUUUGUGUGUUCAAAUAAUGAACUUAUAAGCUAGUGUUAGCAUAUCGGCAGUGUGGCGGUUAUUACAUUGUUAUAAUACAAAAUUACAUUUCUCUACAAAUUGAUACUUUCUACAUAGUCUAUAUUCAUAUAAUUAUUCAUCCAUUUAUUAAUAAGCAGCUUUUAUUAGUGCUGAUAUGUUUUACAUUGUACAAAAGCUGGUAGACGGCCGGGACCAUGUCAUUGACACCGACAGCGUCCCGGACCGGCGCCCCGGACACUGUCCGCGCGUGCACUCCGCAGCCAAUCACAUGUAAUAUAUUAUUAGUUCAUAAUUUACUUAUACAUAUCUUAUGCUUUAUUGUUAAGUGAGUUUUAUUUAGUUUUAUACAAUUUGAAUGCAAAGUUUAAAGUUCGAGGUUUAUGAAUGCUUUCCUUAUUAAGCACGCGAGGUCUCCCGGCCCUCGCACUGCGACGCAAGCCGAGGACAUGACGCGCGGACUACACGGGACACUCGCGUGUCGCGGGCAGGCGUAGUUUGUAUAUCGCAUUUCGGAUUCAGGGCACAACAGCGCGUUACAACUAAAUUAUUGUAGUUCUAAGAAUGAUAUUAGCAUAAGUUCAAUCGGAGGCGGCGGCGAGCGUGCUCGACUAAAUCACUUAUAGUUUUUAGUUAUUUGAUAUAGAGCUGGGCGGCGCAGUGCGCGCCCGGCCCGGGGUCGAACCCGGAGUCUGUGUACAUAAUGCAACUCGUGCCAUCGAUAUUAUCCUAUAAUCCUUUCAUCCCUUCUAUACCAAAGUUCUUAUUUUCGUUAUAAUUUCUUUUGAGUAGAAUUUUAUUUGUAAUUGUUAGUUACUAUUAUAAAAUGUCGUCUCGAAAUUGUAAGCGCACGCGGUUCCGGAUCUGGUACACGAAGCCGUUGUUAAAAUUAAUUAGCUUUUGUAAAUGUUCAAUUUGAAAGAAUAUUUUCGUAAAAAAUAAUGGUAGUUAGAUAUUUGUUGGAGAGCGCCGGGCGCGGAGCCACGGGCGAAUGUUUGCUGCGUACAUAAAUAAAUAUAAUGAAUAUCCCGGUGCAAUAAAGAACUUUUUAUAACUA